CCACCUGCAGCGAGACCUGUGUGCCAGAGGCGGAGCCACGUGUCACGUGAUGCAGGAAGCGUUUAACUGAUGUGACGUUUCCCUCUUCCGUGUCCCCACGGCAGGUUCUUAUUCAUUUAACUUUUUACACAGUCCGUCAAUAGUCGUGUUACACUUUCUUUUCAAGUUAUCAAUAGCUCUGGUGAAACUGCAGUAGUUAGCAGAAAAGGGAUUUGUUCGCUGUAUGUAGCGUAGCUUGACCGCUAACGUUACGCUAACUAGCAGGUGGAAUCGUUGGAUGACGUUAACGUUACAAUCGACCGAGCCGUUCAUCUGUCGGCGUGUGUUUGGGAAAGUAAGCGACCACGAGGGGUUGUAACGUUUAAUAAUGAAUUCGCUUUGUCUGAACGGACAGUUCCUGUGUUUAAGAUCAAACCACGUAACGUAGCGUUGACGCGGCUACGCCCACGUAACGUUACGUUCAGCAUGCAAGAGCGGUUGGGAACGCAAGUUACGUUCCCGACGUAACUAGUUACGUUCAUUCCGGAUGUCUUGUUGUUCAACCUUGUAAACCCUGCCACCGUUAAAUAAUCCCGUUGAGUUCAUUGACACGCAUUCAUAGUAUAAAUUAACAACAUCAUUAGUUCACAUCCGCAUAGAAUCAAUCGCUGCAGCCAAAACUACACUGCAGUUAUAUCCCUUUUUAAAUGGUUGCACUGUUAUAUCAGGAUUACACAGCAAACUAUUUUGGGUUUGUAGCUGCUAUCAAGUGUAAAAAAUAACAAAUUUAUAAAUCUACUGUUCAAGGUAUCUGGAAUAUUUGAUCCCAAACACAGUUUGAUCUUUGAGUUUUUGUCGUCUGUGUGACAAUAUUGACUGUCUGUCAUAGUCCGAGCAGUUUCUGAGUCAUUAUUUGUUGAAGUUAUCACAAGGGACCAUUUAUGUGGAGCUCGUUAUGUGAUGAAUAUCUUAUACUGGCCAAAACAAAAUUUUAUUUUCACAUCAAAUCCAAAUGUCCUCCUUUGUACACUAAUCUUCCUUGAUUUUUGUUGAGUUUUGUCAUGUGCUUAGUGCUUUAUAUCAGUGCUAAUGUGUUAUAACCACUAGCUCCACUAGGACUAACAUAUGUGUCCUAACUAGGCUACAUGCAGCUAUAUGAUAUAACAAGGAUCUCUCGUGUUAUCAACUGGAACGUUGGCCACAGUUACAUGUGUUCGUUCACCUUAUCAUUGGGUCUUGCGGGCUAUCGAGGUUGAACUUUUUUUCAGUUUUAUUUGCGUGAAACUGGCAGGUGGACAAAUUGCUGCUGCCGAUGAACUUUCAGCCAAAUGAAGUGAUUUCAAUCUUCAUUAUGUGGCUGAAGGUUUCUUUUGGAUGCCUUUGUCAUUCGUGAGCUAUUCACAAGUAUAUCACUGCACAUCUUUUUGCUAAACUAACCUUGAAUAGGUUCACCUGCUUAAUGUAAGGAGGGAAACCUCCCCGGCAGAAAGCUCACACGUUAUUCACUGCAGACUGCUUGGCUGUGACAAACGUGACUACAAAGAUGCAAACAGAAAGCUGUCGUAUCCCUGUAGUGCUCAACACAACUAGUCACCCCUUAGACAAGUCCUCAUUGUACGUGGAGGAAAUGCAUUUGGGUUAAUAGGUCACAUAUUUAAUGGAAACUUAUUUAUAAAUUCCCCAGAAUAGGAUUUAGUGAAUAAAAAGACGUGUGGCUGUGAAGGAUUAUGUGUGAGAACUAAAUAAGAGGAAGUGAAAAUGCUCUUUUUGCUCAUUCUGUGUGGCAAUUUUGACUAGUCAAUUUGUGGUGGAAUCAUGUGUUGUUUGAAGGACUGUGCAGAAAUGCAAAGCUGAACGAAGACGGCGCCUUUCAAGAUUAAAUGCAACCUAAUUUAUUCCUGUGUGGGUAUAGGCACAACAGUAAUAGCCGAGGAGCCGAUAGGGAAAACUGAAGCUCACGUGUGGUAUGUGGUUUAGAAAGAGCGAUAGAGUGAAAAACUGUGUCCUCGUGUAGGUUCAUAUUGGGUGCAGUAAUCCUUGAGAAUGAAAAGCCAUUCCUUAAUCAGCUGCUGUUGAAGCAGCGAGGUGGCCUCUGCUGUUUGCAUUGCCGCUGUGUAAACACAAUUGCGGAGAGCAGGGAUUCCAGAUGUUGCAUUGGGUUUGAUGUGUACAAUGUUCAGUCUCCCUAGUGAGAGGGGUAAAAUAAUACGUUCUCUGUCAUUCAUCAGGUUUCUUUAACUACAGCUCUAUAAUGCUGCUUGGCUGCGAAAUUUAAAAAAUGCUUCCGCUCUUUGAAAGGAUGAAGACCCAGAUACCCUAAUAUAAAAAAUAACUCAAUAUUUAUCAGUGCGAUUACACAAAAAGUUUCUUUUCUCUACUCAAGCCACGAUGAGGCAUUAGAUAUUUGUGAUCUCUCCAAGUUAAUAUGUAUACAGCCAAAAUCCACACAGCUUUGCAGGGGCCAAUUGCAGCGGACCUCGCGUUGCCUUCAGCGUACUCUUACUGAACAUUUGGCCUUGACUGCAACAGUCCUGUCAGGCUCAACUAAUUAUUUUAGGCCAGUUGAGGUUAUUGCGGCGUCAUCAUCAAGAGUUGGUUGGACAUUGGCUGCACUCUGUCAACAAUGGAGAGGUUGUAUGGGAAGCUCAAUGCCCCUGAGCAAAGUGCAAAGUCUACACCCCUUUGCUCCACCAGCAUACUAGGAAUCAGUGAUCGUUUCCAUUACAAAAUUAGAGCUGCAACGCAUCGCCGGCUCUCAAGCGACUUCAUCCCAGCUGGAGAAAGAGACGGUGCGACGUCAUUUAUUGCUCAUUUAACUCCUCAUUUAACGUCUAAUUUGUGAGUGUCCACAGCAUGAUCGUGCUCCUGCUUCUGGUCACUCUGUGUGCCCACGGAGGGAAGGGCGAGGAGAGCGCCGGGGCCCCAAGGAGCGGCCAUGUUUCAGUGGUGAUAGUUGGAGGCACAGGGGACCUGGCCAAGAAGUACCUGUGGCAGGGCUUCUUCGAGCUGUACGUCCACCAGGUCGGAAGCGGAAACACCUUCUCCUUCUAUGGCGGGGGAUUGUCCCCCGCCGACGCGGCCACGCCGGCCCUCUUUGAGAUCCUGAAGGCGGUGUCCUGCUCCAAGGACGCGUCGGAGGAGCGCUGCGCUCUGCUGAAAGAGCAGUUCCUGCGGCUCGCUCGGUAUCGGCAGCUGAAGACCCUCGAGGACUACCAGGCUCUGGCCGAGCACAUUGGGCGGGAGCUUCAGCAAGAGGGAAUCACGGAGGCGGGCCGGCUGUUCUACCUCUCCCUGCCGGCCUUCGCCUACGUAGACGUCGCUGAUAAGAUCAACAGGAGUUGCAGGCCGACCGGCGGGCCGUGGCUGAGAGUGGUCCUGGAGAAACCUUUCGGCCACGACAUCAGGAGCGCUGAGGUACUUGCGACUCAGCUCGAGGGCUCUUUGAAGGAUGAGGAAAUGUACAGAAUUGACCACUACUUGGGGAAGCAGGUCGUUGCAAAGAUUCUUCCGUUCAGAGUGGAGAACAAGAAGUUUCUGGAUCCCAUCUGGAACAAGCACCACAUCGAGAGGGUGGAGAUUGUAAUGAAAGAGACUCUUGAUGUUAAAGGUCGUAUUUCCUUCUAUGACCAGUAUGGGGUGAUCAGAGAUGUGCUGCAGAACCACCUGACUGAGGUCAUGACCCUGUUGAUGAUGAGGCUUCCCACAAAUCUGAGCAGCAGUGAAGAAAUCCUCCAAAGGAAGCUGCAGAUCUUCAGUUCCAUGCUGCCUUUGAGAAAGAAUCAAGCGGUGGUGGGCCAGUACCAAGCUUACCAAACAACAGUGCAGCAGGAGACGAAUAAAACCAAAGAUCAUGUCAGCCGCACGCCAACAUAUGCAGCUGUACUGGCACACAUCGACGAGGCCCAGUAUGAAGGGGUGCCAAUCCUUUUGAUCUCAGGCAAGAUGUUAGAUGAACGGGUGGGAUACGCACGCAUACUUUUCAAGAAUGACGUCUUUUGUCUUCAGAGCCGCGACGGCGUCCACUGCAAGCCCAAACAAAUCGUUUUCUACUUUGGGCACGGCAGCCUUCAGUAUCCAGCCGUUCUUGUGAGUAAGAAUUUGUUCAGGCCAGUUGUGACGGACAGUGAAUGGACGGAAGUGACCGAGCAUACAGAUGUCAAUAUUCUAGGUUUACCUAUUUCAGACUAUUAUGUACAAACUCCAACAGAGCAGAAGGAAGCCUAUUCAGAACUUAUUUCUCAAAUUUUUGCUGGAUGUAAAAAUAAUUUCAUCAGCACUGAAAACCUGCUGGCUUCCUGGGGCUUAUGGACACCACUACUCAAUAGCCUAGCCGGCACUUAUCCCCGCAUUUACCCCGGGGGGGGCGACAACAGAGACCUGCUGGACAUCCGAGUGAAUGGCAAAGACGUCGGCUACACCCGCGAGGUGGUCAUCAUCAGCCCCGAGCAGAUGGGCGCCACGUCGGCAAACAGCUUCCAGGUAAUGCAGGGCAAUUUCCGCAGGGCCGACAUGGUGUCGGCCUGGCCCGAGGAGCUGGUGGAGAGGCUGGCUGCGGACAUCCAGAAAGAGGCGGAGGCGGCCGUGCGCGAGGGCAACGUUUUCCAUCUCGCCAUCUCCGGCGGGUCCACCCCGCUCGCUCUGUUCCACAGGCUGGCCCUGCAUCACUUUUCCUUCCCCUGGAGCCACACCCACGUGUGGAUGGUGGACGAGCGGUGCGUGCCGCUGACCGAGCCGGAGUCCAACUUCCGCGGCCUGCAUGACCAUCUACUGCAACACGUCAGGAUCCCCUACUUCAACAUCCACCCCAUGCCGGUGCAGCUCAACCAGCGGCUGUGUGUGGAGGAGGACAGAGGAGCGGCGCUGUACGAGAAGGAGAUCAGCGGGAUGGUCCACGGCUCCAGCUUCCACUUCGUGCUGCUGGGAGUCGGAUACGACGGCCACACGGCCUCACUGUUCCCCGGCGGCAAGGCGGACGAAGUCGGGGAGGGUCUGGUCGCGCUCACCGAGAGCCCCCUCAAGCCUCACCAACGCAUGAGCCUCACGUUCAGCGCCAUCAACCGGGCUCGCACGGUGGCUCUUCUGGUGAUGGGCAAAGGCAAGCACGAGCUGAUCAGCCAGCUGAGCCGCGUGAGCGACAAGCCGGACAAGUGGCCGGUCACUGGGGUGAAGCCCGCCGACGGCCGACUGGUCUGGUACAUAGACUAUGAUGCACUUUUAGGAUAGGAGUUAAAUUCCCAACUUUCAAUUCCACUUCUUUUCUUUCUUUCUUUUUUAUGACCCAGCAGGAUCAGUGGGUUUUCAUGUUUUACUUUACUAAUCUUAAUUCAAUUCAAGCUCCCUCCAAGUUCACCACAAUGAACUGUACGUAAACAAUGACCCAUUGUUUCUGAUCACGGCGGUCCAAGCAGCUGGACGUGGCGGAAAGACUCCGGAACAGAAGGAGCCCCGCGGUGCUGCCACAGAUUCCAGGAAUAGAUUUCUUUUCUUUUCUUUUUUUUUGUCACAGGAUUGAAAUACAAUAAAGAAAAAAAUCUUCUCCGAAUACAUACCGACCCGAGCUCUCCUAUCGGUGCUGUCAUACCAUCCGGUGUGUGUGUGUGUGUGUGUCCCGUCCGUCUGUCCGUCCGUGCGUGUCCGGCCCAUCCAUCAGUCAUCAUUCAGGUUAUGUGGCACUUUAUGUAAAUCUGAUGAAGGAACAUCUCGUACCAAAAAAACUAUUCCGACAAACGAGGACGAUGGCUCAUAAUCCAGAUUGUCUGAACUCAGGUGAUUUUGUGAAUUCACAGAUGCGCUGUGUAAUCCACACUUCUUGAUUGUAUGUCUUCUAUUGUUGUGUGGCAGCGACCUGGUGAAGUUUCCUCGGCGAGUUGGGAAACUCUGCGUGACUUCAUUUUGAUAUAUUUAUUAAUGAUUUACGUUAUUGAAAUGAUUCAGGUAAUUCAAAAUAUCAGGUGCUUCAUUAAUAGAAAGGCAAUUUUAAAAAUGAAAGGAGCAGCUUUAUGAAAUGAACAUGUUGUUUUCUAUACUUUCCUUGGAUCAAAAUGUCACUGAGUUUCAGCAGUCGUGUUCUCGCGCCUCUUUUCUAGUGACUGAUGAGCAUCAUCUCAGUUGAAAAGACAUUGCCCUGCAUCCUGUUCUCUUUUGAAAAAAAGUCUGUGAAUUACCAUAAUUACAUUAAAACAAUAUUUUGACCAUAGAUUGUAAA